GCAGUGGCCACUAGAUCCAUGCCCAUGUAGAUAUAUAGGCACCCGUCCUAGAGGUGCUAGAGAUGGGGCAUGGAGGUAUGCCUAUGAGGGACCCGAUCCUGGGUCAGUUAUAUGCAUAAAGUGUGAGAAUAUACUUCAUGGAGGCAUCAACCGCCUCAAAUACCACCUUGCAGGAAUAGAUAGGCAUGAUGCUAGAGCAUGCCCUGGGACCAAUGAAGAAAUAUAAAGACAAAUGAAUGCCCUACUUGCAGCUGGGGAAAAGAAGAAAUUGCAAAGGGAGAGGGCAAAGCUAGCCAUGAGAUCAGCCAUAGCUGAAUCUCAAGGUGUUUUUGUUGACCUUGAAGAGGAACAAGAAGCACUUGAGGGCAUAGUGGGCUCUCGGCAUGGCCCACGUAUCCGCAAACCCACCAUCACCUCGCCCAUUGCUUUUGCUUCCUCUAGUAGAGUACCUGGCAUUGUUCCACUUCCAUCACCACGAUCAGGGUCCAUAGGUGAUUAUUUUGUGCCCAGGAACACACCUGGAGCACAACCAUCAUUAGAGACCACUGGAUGGAAUAAGGAGGUACAUGAGAAAACUAACAUUGCAAUAGUUGAUUUUUGGUACUUCAACAACAUUGCAUUCAAUGUGGCGGACAAUGCUUAUUGGCUGAAUUUGGUGACUGCUAUGACAGUUUCAGGAAAGGGGUACAAGGCCCCUUCUCGCAGGGAUUUGAGUGGGAGGUUGCUCACAAAUGCAGUUGCUAGGGCAAGAGAAGUGAUGGAGGAUCAAAAAAUUGAAUGGGCAAAUUAUGGGUGCACCAUUCUUUCUGAUGGGUGGACAGAUGGCAAAAACCGCACCAUCAUCAAUUUUUUGGUUGCUUGCAAGGAGAAUGUAGUGUUCUUGAAAUCUGUUGAUGCCUCCAGCAAGGUGAAAAAUGCAGAAACAUUGGCUGGAAUGUUGGAGCAUGUCGUCAUGGAGGUGGAGGUAGAGAAUGUGGUGCAAAUCAUCACAGAUAAUGCAACAGCAUAUGUGUCAGCAGGAAGAAUCCUCCAAGAGAGGCACCCCACUCUUUUUUGGACACCUUGUGCAGCACGUCCUUGACCUUCUUUUGGAGGACAUAGGAAAACUUGAGUGGGUGACUCCAGUUGUGGAAGAUGCAAGGAGGAUCACCAAAUAUAUUUACAAUCACCCUUGGGUCCUAAAUUUGAUGAGACAGCACACCCAAGGGAAAGAUUUGGUGAGAGCUGGUGUCACAAGGUUUGCAACGAUUUUCUUGACGUUGCAAAGCCUUCUUGCUGCAUUGACUUCUUUGAAACAAAUUUUUGUGAGUGGAGAAUGGUUUAACUCACCUUAUUCAAAGAAGCCUGAAGGAGAGGCUGUCGCAUGCAUAGUCUUUGACAGCCAAUUUGCACAAAGGGCUGCAGAGAUUGUGAAGGUGUUAGAGCCCUUGGUUCGAGUUCUUCGCUUGGUGGAUGGGGAUAAAACCCCAAUGGGAUAUCUUUAUGAGGCCAUGGAUAGGGCCAAGGAGUCUAUCAAAAAUUACUACAAGGGGGAUAGACUCAAAUUUGAUCCCAUUUGGGAAAUUGUUGAUAGGAGGUGGAACAAUCAACUCCACCAACCCAUUCAUGUAGCAGGGUACUUCCUCAACCCUCGUUUUAGGUUCAGGGGUUCUUACUCAGAUCCGAAUGGAGAAGUCAUGGAGGGCCUCAGUACAUGCAUUGAGAGGAUGGUACCUGAUGUUGAGGAGAGAGACCUCAUUGUGAGUGAGCUCCAAAAUUAUGAGGGAGGAAGGGGUAAGCUAUUCUCUUCAGAGCUGGCUAGGAGAGGAAGAACCACUCAAACCCCAGAUGCUUGGUGGCAAAAUUGGGGUGGAAACACCCCACAUCUCAAAAAAUUUGCCCUCAGAGUCUUAUGUCAGCCUUGCAGUUCAUCCAAUUGUGAGCGCAAUUGGAGCUUGUUUGAAGCAAUCCACACGAAGAAGAGGAGCAAGUUAGUGCAGAAACGGCUCAAUGACCUUGUCUACGUGCAAUAUAAUCUUCGAUUGCACGUAAGGAAGGUAGAGGAACUAGAAGGUGGUCCAAUUGACUUGGAUGAUAUAGAUCCUUACAGUGAUUGGACAUCACAGGAGCAGCCUCCAUUGUUUUCCGACAUUGACAUCACUGAUUUGGAGAGGCAGGCUAUGGAGGAGGGGGGUGGAUUUGGUUUCAGGCUGGAUGACAUUGAGGAGGAUGAGGAUGAGGAUGAGGAUUCAUUGCCAGUGCCAGAAGUAAAUGGAGACAUAGCUUCAUCCAGGAUGGAGGAUGAGUCUCAGUCAGCCAUACCGAGCGAGGAGGCACAGUCACGCCCACAACAGACUUAUACGACUAGACCCUCUAGUUCUACCUCUCCCCAAGUUUUUGCUACAGUUGGGAACAGGAAGUUGUAAUUGUAAUUUGUAAUGAUGUAUUUACUUUUGUUUUUACAAAAACUAUUUAGUAAUUUACUAUUUUGCUUCCAGGCUUCCAGCCAUCAGCAUUCCUCAUGAGGAUGCGAUUUUGUAGACACUUUGCAUUUAAAUAUAUCUAGAAUCAGCUUGUUUCUUUUGUGUUAUCAUUUAUUGACUCAUUGGAUGCAUCUUCUCAUUAAAUUUUGCAAAAAAAAUGCAUUUUUCACUAAGUUUAAGCGUAUUUUUAAGUUGCCGAGUUUUUCGCCGAGUUUUCCCCGAGUUUUUUUCCCAGGGGCUUGGCGAGUCGAGCCGAGUCGCAAGUAGUCCAACUAUGGUUUGAAUUAUGGUCACUUUCAGUUAGUUAGGUCUGGAAUAAAGUUGGAAUUAUAGUUACUUUCAGUAAGCUAGCUCUGGAAUAAAGGUGGAAUUGUAGUUACUUGCAGUUAGUUAAUUGUUUGGAAUUGCAUCAAUUGAGGAAAGCCUCUGACAGUUAACUGUUUGGAACUGCCUUAAUUUGAGUGACUGAAUUGUCAGUUAACUGUCCGAUUGAGGAGCUAGAUUUGUCUGUUUAACUUGCCUACUUACUACCAACAUUUGAGGGAUAUCUUGCCUUUGCUUGACGUUUGCUGAGAAAGGAGAGCUUGAGUUAUACAAUGCACUGGCAAGAGAAGGCAUACACUUGAAAUCUGACAAAACAAAAAUCAUUUCUUUUCCUGGGCUGAACAUUGUGUUUUGGCAGAUGUGUAUUGGAGAGUAAAACCCCUUCAGGCAUAGAGAUCAGGCUUCUUGAGGAUGGAAACACUUAAGCGACAAUUGACAUCUUUAAUGCCAGUAGUGUCCAGUUCUGCAUGUGGGUGUGUUUAAUAAGCCGUAUUAAUUUGAUGAAUCUCAAUUUGCUUGUGUACUAUUUUGAAGAAAUGUAAAUAUACCAAAAUAAUUAUUUCUGUAGUAUUCCUGGGUUGUUUUAUAUGUGCACUCAUGUUAGGUUAUUACAUAGGGCUCCUUCAGUAAUAGGACAAAGUCCAUGCCUUCCCACAAAGCUUAGCCGAAUAACAAAUGUUCAUCCAAUAGCCAAAGUCAAUAUGGCUUGACAUAUAGCUUGGUCAAGUAACAGGAUUCAUCCAAUAACAAGACAAAUUUGGUUAAGAUCUUACCUCAAUGAUAGAGCAUGAGCGAUGGUAGUACAAAGUUAAUAUGUGAUCUUUGUGAACCCCACUGAGUGAAAAAUCCAGGAAAUAAUAUGGAAUAUGCCUCCUCAAAUCGUCAAGAUGUAGAUUACAGUAAAUGGUUCAACUAUGGGGCAUCAUGAGAUGACCAUGUGAUGACAACUUCCCUAUAAUGGCAUUCAUAACUUGCUCUGCAUAAUUAUGCAAAUCAAACAGGUUAUUCUACUAUACACGUCAUUACGUUCGUCCAGUAUCCCUAUUUAAUAUUUUUGCAUACAUGAAGUAAACAAACCAUUAGAAACACCACCUGGUUAGUCAAAACUUUAACAGUUUCAUUUAUGGAUUGGUUAUGCUUGCAUCUGUGUGGUACGUUCUUCACUCUGUCAUAUUCCAAUAUGUUCAAACCCAGUCAAAGAUGUCAAAGAAGUUUGACACAAAUAGAACUCAUUACCAUCUGACAGGCCAUUUCAAGCCCCUGUUGAUUGCAUACUGAUGGAUUUGUCCUGGGGCUGAAUAUGUUGUUUUCUUCUAAAUACAGGCUGAUAAUUUUGGCUGGGGUUGAACUCGUUAAGAGAACCUUGUUCUAAAAUGCCAAACCCACUCUGGGUUUUUGUGGGUUUGAAAACACCCCAGAACCUUUUUGUAGUUUCAUUCAGUUUCUGCACAUAAAUUUUUCGACCUUCUAUCCUUAGUUUUUUCUUUUUUUUCACAUAUACAAUCUAUUUUGACUUCACUGUGAAGAUUUUGAUUCUGGUUUCGGAGUUUGAACUGAUUUCAAUGCACUCAUUCAGAACUUGUAGAAAGACCAGUAAGUAUUAACACCCGUCUUGUGAGUCUCAGAGAUCUUCAACCUUCGAUGUUAGAAGAGUGUAAACUGUAAAGUAAUCUCCAUCUUCCCCUCUUAGCCAAAAAGUUCUCCUGGUUGGCCACAUUAUGAGUCUACAUUUUAGGUCUGUUUGAAUGGUUAAUGACCUUAGAAAUCUUCAUUCACUGUAAAGUCUAGAUGCUCAUACUACUAGUGAUGACAUUGUUCUCUAUUAGUUUUUAUCUUCCACUAGGUCUGUUUGAAUGGUUAAUGACCUUAGAAAUCUCCAUUCACUGUAAAGUCUAGAUGGUCAUACAGAUACUACUAGUGAUGACACUGUUCUCUAUUAGUUUUAAGCUUCCACAGACGUGUGGAUUCAGUCCUUUCCCUAAGCCAUUUCCUGCUUCUUGAGGGUUGUUCUGUAACUAUAUUUACCUGCUAAACUCGCCAUUUACGUCUGUGUUUCAAUUGUUUGUUUCUAUUUAGGACGUUUGUAAAUACAGUUGGGUGUUUCUAUUUAGGACAUUUGUCUUGGUCCCAUAGACUGUUUAGUCUCAUGGACAUCAUUAAAAUCUUUCUUUCAUUUAGAACCAAUGUUUAGGCAUUCUGUUAUUUGUGCCAUAUGGACACAUUGCAUUUCUUAGUCUUAUUGAGCAAUUCUAGUUAUCCAUGCAAAUUAAUAUAAUUUCUCUUUUUUUUGAAGUCAGAACAGCUAAAAGUGCUUUAGAGAAAUUAUGAAUAAAUUUAUGAUAUUAAAAUACCGUAUCUCCCUAUUAUAUUUAAAUUUAUGUUGUAAAAUUGCGUCUCCCUAUGUAAAUGCUAACCCUUUUCUUUCAAUUAGUAUAUAAAAAUACAUCAAAGUCCUUAUCCAUUAAAACAAGAACAUGGCUUCUAAAUAUAUAUUUCUAAUACAAAUGUCUACUGUAUUCCUUUGUCUUGUUAUGAUUUUAUG